AUAUCUUUUAAUUCAGAUACGCCGCAUGCUAUAUCUAUUAACAUCCGAAGACACAAAAUGAUUCACCCGGGAAACAUAACGAACUUGUCACGCAUAUAACCGUCAAGGAAAUGAAGCUCCCACUCUCCCUACUCUGAAGUCUGAACCCAUUAACCAUGUGUAUCAAACACCAGCUUCGCAGGUCCUUCACUUCCAUUGCAACUGCAGCUUCUGAAUUUCCAUCUUUAUCCUCCUCCACCUACACUAAUUACCUGCACUACCCUCGUCUCCUCUCCUCUUGCAAACACCUCAACCCUCUCCUUCAAAUCCAUGCCCAAAUCAUAGUCUCUGGCUUCAAACACCACCAUUCCAUUACCCAACUCAUAAACUUGUACUCUCUAUUCCAUAAAUGCGACCUGGCUCGCUCUGUAUUCGAUUCUACUCCAAACCCUUCUCGGAUUUUAUGGAACUCCAUGAUCAGAGCUUAUACAAGGUCAAAACAGUAUAAUGAAGCGCUGGAAAUGUACUAUUGUAUGGUAGAGAAGGGGUUGGAGCCAGACAAGUAUACUUUUACGUUUGUGUUGAAGGCUUGUACAGGAGCUUUGAACUUGCAAGAAGGUGUUUGGGUUCAUGGAGAAAUAGACCGGAGAGGGCUAGAAUGUGAUGUGUUUAUCGGGGCCGGUCUCGUUGAUAUGUAUUCUAAAAUGGGUGAUUUGAAGAGAGCAAGAGAGGUGUUUGAUAAGAUGCCUAAAAGGGAUGUUGUGGCUUGGAAUGCCAUGAUUGCGGGGUUAUCGCAAAGUGAGGAUCCUUGUGAGGCUGUGGAUUUCUUUAGGAGUAUGCAGUUGGUUGGCGUGGAGCCGAGCUCGGUGAGCUUGUUGAACUUGUUCCCUGGGAUUUGUAAACUAUCCAAUAUUGAAUUGUGUAGGUCUAUCCAUGGUUAUGUAUUUAGAAGAGAUUUUAGUUCUGCAGUUUCAAAUGGUUUGAUUGAUUUAUAUUCAAAAUGUGGAGAUGUAGAUGUGGCUCGCAAGGUUUUCGAUCAGAUGGUGGACCAGGAUGAUGUUUCAUGGGGAACAAUGAUGGCAGGUUAUGCCCAUAAUGGAUGUUUUGUUGAGGUCUUGGAGCUAUUUGAUAAAAUGAAACUAGGGAAUGUGAGGAUAAAUAAGGUAUCAGCAGUGAGUGCUUUUUUGGCAGCUGCAGAGACGAGAGAUUUAGAAAAAGGUAAGGAGAUACAUGAUUGUGCCUUACAACAAAGGAUUGAUUCAGAUAUUUUGGUUGCUACUCCUCUUAUGGUGAUGUAUGCGAAGUGUGGAGAAACAGAGAAGGCUAAACAAUUGUUUUGGGGACUUCAAGGAAGAGAUUUAGUUGCUUGGUCUGCAAUUAUCGCUGCUUUAGUCCAAACUGGGUAUCCUGAAGAAGCACUUUCUCUAUUUCAAGAAAUGAAGAACCAAAAAAUGAAACCUAAUAGGGUUACUCUUAUGAGCAUCCUUCCAGCUUGUGCAGAUUUAUCGUUGUUGAAAUUAGGGAAGAGCAUACACUGCUUCACUGUUAAAGCUGACAUGGAUUCUGAUCUUUCAACUGGAACAGCCCUGGUGUCCAUGUAUGCUAAAUGUGGAUUCUUUACUGCCGCACUGACUACAUUCAAUAGGAUGUCAUCUAGAGAUAUUGUGACAUGGAACUCUUUGAUAAACGGAUAUGCUCAGAUUGGUGAUCCACAUAAUGCAAUUGACAUGUUCUAUAAAUUACGAUUAUCUGCAAUAAACCCAGAUGCAGGAACCAUGGUAGGUGUGGUCCCAGCCUGUGCACUCUUGAAUGACCUAGACCAAGGCACCUGCGUUCAUGGGCUAAUUGUAAAGCUUGGGUUUGAAUCAGACUGUCAUGUUAAGAAUGCUCUAAUUGAUAUGUAUGCUAAAUGUGGAAGCCUUCCCUCAGCUGAAUUCUUGUUCAAUAAAACUGACUUCACAAAAGAUGAGGUAUCUUGGAAUGUAAUAAUUGCGGCAUAUAUGCAGAAUGGGCAUGCAAAGGAAGCUAUUUCAUCUUUUCACCAGAUGAGAUUGGAGAAUUUUCAUCCCAAUUCAGUCACAUUUGUGAGUGUCCUUCCUGCAGCUGCAUAUUUGGCAGCAUUCAGAGAAGGAAUGGCCUUUCAUGCCUGCAUAAUCCAAAUGGGAUUUUUGUCUAACACACUUGUUGGUAACAGUCUCAUUGAUAUGUAUGCUAAAUGUGGGCAGCUUGAUUAUUCAGAGAACCUUUUUAAUGAGAUGGAUCAUAAAGACACUGUUUCAUGGAAUGCAAUGCUAUCAGGAUAUGCAGUCCAUGGGCAUGGGGACCGAGCUAUUGCACUUUUCUCACUUAUGCAGGAGAGUCAAGUCCAGAUUGAUUCUGUAUCCUUUGUUAGUGUUUUGUCUGCUUGCAGGCAUGCAGGUUUAGUAGAAGAAGGAAGGAAAAUAUUUCAUUCCAUGAGUGACAAAUAUCAUAUUAAACCGGAUUUGGAACACUAUGCUUGCAUGGUGGAUCUCUUAGGUCGUGCUGGUCUAUUUGAUGAAACUUUGGGUUUUAUCAAGGUGAUGCCAGUGGAACCUGAUGCUGGAGUUUGGGGAGCCUUGUUGGGGUCAUGUCGAAUGCAUUCCAAUGUAAAAUUAGGAGAGGUUGCAUUGGAUCAUCUGGUUAAACUAGAGCCUAGAAAUCCGGCUCACUUUGUGGUGUUAUCAAGUAUAUAUGCCCAAUCUGGUAGGUGGGCAGAUGCAGGAAAAGCCAGAUCAAAGAUGAAUGACCUGGGCUUGAAAAAAACUCCAGGAUGCAGUUGGGUUGAGCUCAAAAACAAAGUCCAUGCAUUCCGAGUAGGUGAUAAGAGUCAUCCACAAUUGGAGAGUAUGCAUUUGCUGUGGAAUACUUUACUGGAGAAGAUGGAGAAAAUUGGUUAUGUUCCUGACAGGAGCUGUGUAUUACAGAAUGUGGAAGAAGAGGAUAAAGAACUGUUUCUCUACAGUCACAGUGAAAGAUUAGCCAUAACUUUUGCUCUUCUUAAUACACCGCCUGGGUCAACCAUCCAGAUAGUGAAGAACCUUCGUGUUUGUGCUGAUUGCCACACUACUACGAAGUUUAUUUCAAAAAUCACAAGCCGUAGGAUCAUUGUCAGAGAUGCGACUCGUUUCCAUCAUUUUGAGGAUGGUAUUUGCUCAUGCAACGAUUACUGGUGACCUUGGUGAAAAGCAUAUUAGCCAUUCUCAUUGUAUAGCUUAAAGUAAUCAGUCUGGACAAGAAUCAUUUUGCUGUUGUGGGAUUACUUGUUUCUACCAGUUACAAGUCUGAGGAUCAGGUAAGAUGAAUAUUAGCAUGGCAAUGAGCCCCCAAAAACCAAGCUUUAGAAAGUUUGAACGAAUUGGACUAGCCGGAAUCUGGCAGAUUGUGCAAUUCUGGUUGUAGCUUCCCUUAUCCUCUUAAUAAUCUCUAUCUUCUUGGUGCUUUUAUUCCUUUGAAUUCUUUCUUCUUCUUCUUCCUCUUCUUUUCUUUUACUUGUUUAACAUUCAAGGGAAAGCAUUGAAAUUUCCAGCUCUAGAAUGGUCUGUUCUCCUUUUCUUUUCCUCUUCAACAUUGAAGGGAAAGAAUUGAAAUUUCCAACUCUAGAACGGUGUCUGUUGUUAUGCAGCAAUCUUGAGAAACCAAAAUUUGCUAUUUCAUGUUGGGCAAAGCCAUCUAUGCUCUCUUAUCGAUAUGUUGCAGAGAAUGUCAUUGGUUUUUUUUGGAGAAUUAUUAGAUAGUGUUAUAUACAUAUAUUGAUAAUGUUAUUUUUUAUGUUUGCAGAUUAAGGCAUUAUUAAUUUAAAAAAAUAGUUGGAAUGAUUGACACAAGGAUGAUAAGGCUCAAAAGCUAGUCACAAGUUACCGGAUGGGGUUGAAGCUGUAGGACUAAGUUUUUUCAGUUCCCUCAGCAAGCAUAUUGUUAUUACCACCAAAUUGUGUGAAUACUCUGUUGAUUGCCAAGGACUGGAGAUUGUGACACCAUUUCCUCUCUCUUUAGCAAUCAAAAGAACUGCAGAUGAUGCGCAAAGUCGAGGAGGUGUUAUUAUGAAACAAGAUUGAAGAGUAAUAUCAAUCAAGUCAUGAGUUUUCAUUUGGUUUUGUGUUGUUACCCCACCUGUUCCAAAGGAAUAUCUCAAAGGCUCAUCAUGUUUUCUGUUUGUGACACUGAAAAUAGUUUGCGGAUGUAUAUCUUCCCUCAUUAUCUGUGCUUAUAGUCCCCAGUUACUCAAACUGUUGUCAUACAUUUGGAUGAAGCAAUUCAAUAAAUCCUUACUUUCAUGUU